UAUUUUUGCUUGUUAUCCAGUAUAUUUUUACAAUUUAUCUUAAUAAAAUCCCUUAACCACAGUGCUAGCCUUAUGCCUAACCCUAACCUAAAUUAAGACCUAGAAGUUCUAAUACAUUUUACGAUAUUGCCAAUUGUUACUUUGUGGCUAGAGUAACUAGCUAGUGGAAAGUGCUUUACAGCGAUAUGGUUACCCUAUCACAUAUUCUAUGCGGUAACGUUAGUUGACUUCAGUGGUUUCCUUGCAGAAUCCUGAUAUUUGUGAGUGAUCAUGGCUGCUACGACUUCAGCCGCGGUUACAGAAUCUCCUGGGCUAGAGACUCAACGCAAAGAAAUCGAGUCUCUGCUUCAGGAACAUGAACUCCGUGCAGGGGAUACUUGGUACCUGCUGGAGAGGCGAUGGUAUGAGCAGUGGAAGGAGUAUGUGGUGACAGGAGACCAGAACUCCUCAUCUUUCCCUGGACAGAUCGACAACACAGAGCUGUUUGAGGAACUGGAUUCCUACCAUCUGAAGGAGCGUCUGGUGGAGAAUGAGGACUUUGUGUUGAUCCCUGCCGAAGCAUGGCGCAAUCUGCUGGCCUGGUAUGGCAUGGUAGAUGAUCAGCCUGCCCUGGAGCGGAAGGUGGUGGAUCUACCCAGCACAGUCAAGGUUGAGGUCUAUCCUGUGGAAAUCUUCCUGUGUCUCCAUAGCAACAUGGAAAAUGUUGUGACCGCACAGUUUAGCCGUGCAGAUCACAUCCAUAUGAUUCAGAAGGUGAUGAUGAAGCAGUUUGAUGUGGUCGAGGGAGCAGAGACCCGGCUGUGGAUGAAGAGCUCAGACACCUGCUGUGAGAGGCUGCGGAACGUUCACGUCAAUGUCCUCGACUCCAGCCUCAGCUCUGGCAUGACGGUGAUCAUGGAGAUGAGGAAUGCAGAUGGUACCUGGCCCAGCUCCAGACCACAGAUCAUUAGGAACUCUGUGGAGGAGCAGGAAUCAUACCGAGGCCAGCCAGGAGUCUGUGGCCUCACCAACCUAGGAAACACAUGUUUCAUGAACUCUGCCCUGCAGUGUCUCAGUAACACCCCUCCACUGACUGAGUACUUCCUGCGCAGUGCCUAUCUGGAGGAGCUCAACUUCACCAACCCUCUGGGCAUGAAGGGGGAGAUAGCAGAGGCCUACGCUGAUGUUAUCAAACAGAUGUGGUCAGGGAGGCACUACUCUGUCGUUCCCCGGCUCUUCAAGACCAAGGUUGGCCACUUUGCCUCUCAGUUUCUUGGCUACCAGCAGCAUGACUCCCAGGAGCUGCUCUCCUUCCUGCUGGAUGGGCUUCAUGAGGAUCUCAACCGGGUCAAGAACAAGGAGUACAUUGAGCUGAGGGAUGCCGAUGGUAGGCCUGACCAGGAAGUGGCAGAGGAAGCGUGGCAUAACCACCAGCGACGUAACAACUCUGUGAUUGUUGACACCUUCCACGGGCUGUUCAAGUCCACCCUGGUUUGCCCCGAGUGCCGCAAAGUGUCGGUCACCUUUGACCCCUUCUGCUACCUCAGCGUGCCCCUGCCUGUUAGCAAGGACCGGGUGAUGGAGGUCUUCUUCGUUUCUCUGGACCCUGUGGCCAAACCUGUUCAGCAGCAUCGCUUAGUUGUACCCAAAGCUGGAAAAGUGUUUGACCUGUGCUCCGUUCUCUCGGAAAUGACCAACGUCCCCGUCAAUCAAAUGGUUGUGGCUGAUGUGUUCAACCACCGCUUCUAUAAGAUCUACCAUGCUGAUGAGUCUCUAAGCUGCAUCCUGGACCGGGAUGACAUAUUUGUGUAUGAGCUGAGCAGUGGCUCUGUGGAGGAGGAGGGGGAUGAGGUGGUGCUGGCUCUGUACCUGAGGGAGCGUUCUCACUACAGGGACUCCGGCUCAGGGAGUAGCAGCUGCGGGACGACCCUGUUCGGACACCCACUGCUCAUGGCUGUGCCUCGAGUCCAGUGCAGCCGCAACGCCCUCUAUCACCUCUUCCUGCAGCGGCUAGCACGGUAUGUCCGACCACCAGAUCCCUCAGAGGAGGAUGAGGAGGAUGAAGAUGACGAGGAACUUUACAAGAUCCAGACCAAUGGUGUCAGCGAUGUUGACAGUGAGGAUAAUGGUAUGAGGCCAGGACACUUUAAGAGAGAUGACCGUUGUGAUGGUGGCCAAUGGGAUGGCCAAGCGGACGGCCCUGCUGUGACCCAAACUCAGCCAGAGCAGGCACAAACCCAGGAGUCUGGAAAACAGGCUCAGGCUGAGGGGGCCAGUAGUGAAGUCAGGGCAGGGUGCAGCACAGAGGACAGUGCCUCGGCAUCCUGCAGUGCUGGAGCCAGUGCUGGAGUUCCAACAAACAGCCAGCAGGGUGCAGGCCUUCAGCAGCAGCAGCCAUGUGAGACUGAGGAGGAGAAGGGUGAGUGCCCCCCGCAGACCAACGAGAGGCAGGCCAAGAGGAAGGGCUACCAGGCCAGACGCAGAAAGCUGCUCUUCUCCAUCCACGCUGUCAACUCCAAUGGCACUACGGAGAGAGGCAUGGGAGAGGACGGCAGUGCCUUCUCUUUUAGCUCUCAACCAUAUGUGGCCAUUGACUGGGAUCCCGACAUGAAGAAGAAAUGCUACAAUGAGAAUGAGGCAGAGAAGUAUGUAAAACACCAAAGCAUGGAGGUCCCUCAUCAGCAGACCACAGUGCAGCUGCAGGAGUGCAUAGAGCUCUUCACCACUGUGGAAGUCCUGGAGGAAGAAAACCCCUGGUACUGCCCAAUAUGUAAGAAACACCAACUGGCCACUAAGAAACUAGACCUGUGGUCACUGCCUGAGGUUCUCAUCAUCCACCUGAAACGCUUCUCCUACACCAAGUACUCCAGGGAGAAGUUGGAUAUCAUCGUUGACUUUCCUCUCAGACACCUCGACUUCUCGGGUUUUCUGCUGAGGAAGACCGGUACAAACGGAGAGCCACCCAGCCGAUAUGAUCUGAUAGCAGUUUCCAACCACUACGGCGGACUCCGAGAUGGACAUUACACCAGCUAUGCCCGGAACAAAGACAAUGGACAAUGGUAUUACUUCGAUGACAACAAGGUGACGUAUGCAAGGGAGGAACAAAUUGUGACUAAUGCUGCCUACCUCCUGUUCUACCACCGACAAGACAAGAUUCGUCAGCCCACCUUACCCCCCCCCUCGGACAGCUCCUCCUCUCCCGCCCAGCCUGCUAAUGUCACUUCCCACAAACAUGAUGGGAUGGAGAGAGCCACUUCCUGUGUCAACAUGGAAACAGACUGAAACAGAUUUUUUUUUUUUUGUAAUCUUUUUUUUCUCUGAGUUGAUGGGGCUUUGAUUUUAUAUUGUUAUUUAUUUUCUAUUCCAAAAAACUUGAACCUUCUGCCUCUCCUCUGCAUUGAACAAGGUGUGAGAAGCGGAGGCUAGAUUCUCAGGCUGGUGCAGAAGCGUGAGGAAUGUAAUUUAUGUUUCUUCUACAUUUUCUUUACAUUGGUCUCCCCAAAUUUACUAGAUCAUUAAUAGAAGAAUGUUGAAUGAUUUCUGGUAUUGCUUAAUCACAGACUAAGGUAUGUAGUGUCUGUCUAUGCUGAUGCCAACUGGACCCCUUCGUGAUUGGACAUAAGCAAUUAUAAUUUAGUUUGUUCAAUCGAGACCUAUGAAUUGUGAAUAUCUCUGCACCGCUAUUAAUCUCUGCUAUGAUGCAUUGCUACCUCAAACUUUGAUUACUGAUGUUGAGCUCAAUUUGAGGAAGAUUUCCUUGAGGCUCUUUGAAUAGAAUUGAAUAAAUUUUGCUCUAGAAGGUAAAUCACAACAUUUGAGGUUAACGACACGGAUAACUAAUUCAGUUUACUCCUGAUUUAAAAAUGAGAUUACAUUCCCCUGUUACUCAAUGUUCUUUAUAUCAGGGACUGCAUUAACAGAAAGACAAACAUUGCAAUGUGAUUUAUAUACACUACAUGGCCAAAAGUAUGCUCGUCAAACAACGUAUUCCAAAAUCAUGGACAUUAAUAUGAUUUUGGAGCCCCUUUGCUGUUAUAACUGCAUCCACUCUUCUGGGAAGGCUUUCCCCUAGAUGUUGGAGCAUUGCUGUGGGGACUUGUUUCCAUUAAGCCACAAGAACAUUAGUGAGGACGGGCACUGAUGUUAUGCGAUUAGGCCUGGCUCGCAGUCGGCAUUGCAAGUCAUCAAAGGUAUUUGACGGGUUGAGGUCAGGGCUCUGUGCAGGCCAGUCGAGUUCUUUCACACUGAUCUCAACCAACCAUUUCUGUAUGGACCUUGCUUUAUGCACGGGGACAUUAUCAUGCUGAAACAGGAAAGGGCCUUCCCCAAACUGUUGUCACAAAGUUGGAAGCACAGAAUCGUCUAGGAUGUCGCUGUAGCAUUAAGAUUUCCCUUCACUGGAACUAAGGGGCCUAGCCCGAACGAUGAAAAACAGUCCCAGACCAUUAUUCCUCCUCCACCAAACUUUACAGUUGGCACUAUGCAUUUGGCCAGGUAGCGUUCUCCUGACAUCCGCCAAACCCAGAUUUGUCCGUCGGACUGCCAGAUGGUGAAGCGUGAUUCUUUACUCCAGAGAACGUGUUUCCACUAGCCCAGAGUCGUCUACUCCAGCCGAUGCUUGGCAUUGCGCAUGGUGAUCUAAGGCUUGUGUGCGGCUGCUUGGCCAUGGAAACCCAUUUCAUUAAGCUCCCGACGAACAGUUCUUGUACUGAGGUUGCUUCCAGAGGUAGUUUGGAACUCAGGAGUGAGUGUUGCAACCGAGGACAGACCAUUUUUACGCUCUACGCGCUUCAACACUUGAUGGUCCCGUUCUGUGAGCUUGUGUGGCCUACCACUUCACGGCUGAUCUGUUUUUGCUCCUAGACAAUUUCCACUUCACAAUAACAGCACUUACAGCUGACCGGGGCAGCUCUAGCAGGGCAGAAAUUUGACAAACUGACUGGUUGAAAAGGUGGCAUCCGAUGACGGUGACACAUUGAAAGUCGCAGACCUUUUCAGUACAGGCCAUUCUACUGCCAAUAUUUACCUAUGGAGAUUGCAUGGUUGUGCUCGAUUUUAUACAACUGUCAGCAGCGGGUGUGGCUGAAAUAGCUGAAUCUACUAAUUUGAAGGCGUGUCCACACACUUUUGGCCAUGUAGUGUAGAACAAAGGUAAACAAAGGACCAUAGUAUUCAAAAGCAACACUUUGAAUACAGUUGCAGGUGCCAUGGAAUAGCUUUGUAUAUUUUCUCUUGUGAUCCAUAUUUUUUAUUAUCAGAGCAGGUAUUUGUUUUUACUUCACUUACAAAUACACAUUGGGCAUCUCAGCACUUCUGCAGAUCUUCCAUUUCUGGUUAGGAUUAUCUUUCCACUAUCAAGAAUGAUUUUGAUCACCUCUGGUGCAGGACAUUAACAGAUGCAUAUUCUUGGGAUUUAAAAGGAAUUUGUACUCGUAUCUUAGUAAAAGCAUAUAGCUACACAUUACAAUUUAGAUAUCACUGUUUUAUUUUAGUCUGCGCAAUUUCUUAAUAAGGAAUAAUGAGGAAUACAGCAAAGUGCUUUCUGGAUAGAGCUCUUAAAUAAUUUUUUAAAGCCCAUCUGUACAGUAUUUUUGUAUUGUAAUAAAUAUAUUCUUUGAUCAUCUGGAUCAGAUGCAGGGGAUUGGCGACUUAUUUACUUUACUUGAUAAUAGAUGGAAUAUUUUAUUGUAUAAUCUUUUGCAAUGAAUAACAUAUGAUUCUGAUAACAAUAGGCAUGAGGUAGAUUUUACACUUUUACAUGACAGCCUGGCUUUCCUGAUAUCUUUUUAACAAAUGAUCAGGAUUCAUAAACCCUUGAUCUAAGGUGGCUGUGAGAGCUGGUUAACUCAAGCCCUUCUCUAGAGAUGUACUGUAGUUUAGAUUGGGCUGUGGCCAUACUCUGAUUCCCAAGGCCUGCUUCGUUUGGGUUCUUUAUUUCCCUGAGAUAGUAAUAUACAGUAUAUAGAAACAGGAACUGGAGAACAUAAUACUGCCAAUGUAACGGAUGUGAAAUGGCUAGCUAGUUAGCGGGUACGCGCUAGUAGCGUUUCAAUCAGUUACGUCACUUGCUCUGAAACCUAGAUGUAGUGUUGCCCCUUGCUCUGCAAGGGCCGCGGCUUUUGUGGAGCGAUGGGUAACGACGCUUCGUGGGUGACUGUUGUUGAUGUGUGCAGAAGGUGCCUGGUUCGCGCCCGUGUCGGGGCGAGGGGACGGUUUAAAGUUAUACUGUUACACCAAGAAACCUGUGAAAGGACAAUCUUCAAAUUUUUGUCACAUUGCUACAGUAUGUUUAAGCACAAUUUUGUAUAGAAAACACCUUUUGGCUUCUACUGUAAACAGUGAGCGAACAUGCAUGAGGUUAAUACCAACCUGACUACACAAUUAUCUUGCUCACCAACACCUGUUUGAUCUGAAAUUGCUGUUCACAACUUAGCAGCCAUUUUGUACAAGGGAGUGACCGGAAUGUUGUAUUUUAGUGUUAACACAUGAUUGGUGAUGCUCCUGUAAAUGUCUGGGCUUUUAGUAGGAACAGAGGAAGAACUCCAAGGUGGUUUUGUGCUUCUUCUGAACUAUCUGGAAUAGAUGACAGGUUGCCAUACCAAACAUAAUAAUUGGUCCUCCCAAACUACUUAUAACAUCCAGUAUGAUACACAGGCAGCCUAACUCUGAUAUUUUUCCACUAAUUGGUCUUUUGCCAAUAAUUGGGCAAAAUAUGAGAAUUGAGCUGCCUGUCUAAACUCAGCCUAACAUCCACAUUUAGGAUGUUAUAGUGCACUGAAUAUUGUACCAACUUUAUUAUAUGAGGAACUUUAUAUAAGGUAAAGUUUUAAUAUUUAUACCUCAAUGAAAAUUGGCAUUGCACACUUGCAAUGCCAAUGCCUUUCAGUUCAAUGUGGCGUUGACUUAAUGCAGUAAAAUUGCUGCUUUCCAAUGAGUAUGUGAAAUAAAAUAAAUCUAUGA